UGUUGUUGACCAGUUCGUUCCUUCUGUGACAGGUUUCCGUGACAUCCUGUAUUCAUUCCAUGGUGUAUCUGUUGCUUUCCUGACCCGUCUAUUGCAAUCUUACUGAAGAUGGGUGUUGCCGCCAGUCGGAAAUCCCUUGAUAUAUCGUCAAAAGUCGAGAAGGAUACUUCAGAUGAACUUGUUGCAGCAGUUCCUGAAGAUGCGAAAGUUUUGGUUUGUGAUUCCCUGGAAAGAAACGCUGAUGGUGCAACUGAGAGAAAAGAAACUCUGAACAUUGACGAGUCUGCUGGAGUAUCAAAUGAUGAAAGAACAGAGGACGAGACCAAAUCGAAUCUCUCUGCUGAACAAGUUACUGGAGCACCUGGGACGAAGGAAUCUGAAGACGACGACGAGCAGAAAAGCACCCAAAAAUCCGAGGUUAACGCGAACAGUGGUGCAGAAGUGAAAAGUGUUGCUUGCGAGAAGGUUUCUGAGGAUCCCGCAAACGGAACGGCUAUUCCAGAUAAAAGCGACGAAGUUAUUCUUGGCGAGAAAGACAAAGAUAUCGGAAUCAACUCCGCAGAUCCUCCCACUGAUCCACCGCCUCCACCACCGCCUUCGUCUGAUCAUGAAGAUGCGUGA